CGCUGGAGCCAUGUCUACCAUGGAUGUGCAGUUCGCAGCUUCAGUCCUUGGUUUAGAGUCUGAGGUGGGUCCGCUUGGCGAUAUGACAUCGGAAGUUCGCGUAGCUCAAGACUUCAAUCACGAGCUCCUCGAACCGGCUCUCCAAGAGCUCAAGUCUGCACUCCGCGUCGGGCGAUUCGAAGGACAACAUGUUGCCCUAGCAGAGAAGCUCCUCGAUCGCAUCAAGAAGCUGCUGCAGACGCGUAGAGAACGAGACAGAGUACGGCGGGAAAAACAGGCGAGAGGAGCAGCGACCAGGGAGGCACACGAGAGAGAGAAGAGCGAGAAAAAGAGGGUUCACGCAGUGCUCGAGGAACUGCGCAUCAGGGAGGCACGCGAGAGAGAGGAGAGAGACCGUAAGCGUGCCGAAGAAAAGCUCAAGGAACUACGCGACAGAAAGGAGCGAGAGAGGGUGGAAGAAACAAUCAAGGCACUAGAGCAGAAGCUCACCGCGGAGAGGCGUAGAGCGACCAGAGCCAUCAGUCAAGCCAAGCGAGCGAAAAAGGACACCGAGGUCCUUUGCAGGGAGACGGCUCGGGGGGGGGGCGGGGACGGGAAACGGGUGCGCCUCGUGCGAGAGUGCAUGAAGCUCGUGCAACAGAGGGAGCGACGCCGCCCGACGGUCCUGUACUAUCGGAAUGUCACGACGUUCCGACUGGACUGCGUGAGGGUUGCACCCUCUAAUGCGCAUGGCCACGGGCUCUUCAGUACGCUUCACGCAGAAGCGGGCUGCGACGUCUUUGUUGCUGUUUUACCCGAUUGCGGGAAGGAGCAAGGGUACACGCCGGAUAAAUACAACGACUACGUACACGUGGCUCACAAGGACGGCGAAAGCGCGGCGCUUAUCGACUUUGGAUCGACGGUAGAGGGAAUUUUAGACGCGUGUCACGAGGACGUCAAGGCGGGGUACAUUAGGGCCAUGAACCACGCGAGUUUGGACGGUGACGUGUCUGUUCUGUUGGACCUGCGUGAAGCUUGUGUGCCAGAUUGGUAUUUUUCAACAGGAGGGGUUGAGUACAAUGUGUGGUACGCUUGCCAUGUGGUCGCGAAACGGGCGAUUAAGCCUGGUGAUGAGCUUCGGUUUUCGUAUGCGUGGACGCCAGCGGGGUGGAAAUAAGACAUACCUCGGGUGUGGCGAGCAAGCGCACCCCUGACAUCCUUCUCAUUAACUUUGUUUGACUCGAUUUUGGGGUUAGGGUUAUGGUCCUGUGCGCCAUCGGGCGAGAGAGCGUCACUGAGAGAAGCCAUGUUGGUGGUUGUGUGAAAGUGACUAUAAUAUUAAUACGA